AUGGCAGAACUUGAACUUGUAGGAGCUAUAAAAGUUAAAGACGGCCUCUUUAUAGGGGAUGAAUUUGCAGCUCAAGACCUUGAAUUUGUGGUCGCUAACAAAGUUACUCAUAUUAUAAAUUGUGCUUCUCGCCAAGUCCCUAAUCAUUGGGAGCCAAUCGGUGUUAACUAUCUUUCGUUCUAUUGACUGGAUAUUGAUUCUCAAGUUUUAUCCUCAAUAUAAUUAAAAGGGAAUUGCAUUUCAGGGCCAAAAUAAAAAUAUAAAAAUUUAUCAUAAUAACAGCCAGAUUAUUAAAAACAUAUAUAUUUGAUACACGCGACGAGGUUUUUUCCCAAAUUUAUUCAUUUAUUGAAGAAGCUGCAAAUCUCGGAGAAAGCGUCCUUAUUCAUUCAGUUAGAGGACAAUGCAGAUGCAUAUGUGUUGUGGCAGCUUAUUUUAUGAAAAAAUAUAGAUGGACUCUCUUCAAAACUUUGGAAUUUCUCAAUUCCAGACGCUCUGAUAUGGAAUUAAGGCCAAAUUUUGUACACCAGUUAGCCGCACUUGAAGGGAGAUUAACUAAGCUUGGAUUCGGGCCUAUAAGCUCAGGCUGGAACGAUACAAAUGAAGUUUUUGAGACAAACGCAGAAGACCUGGUACUGAGAAACACAUAUUUAAACGCCCAAGUUGGGGAAUUUGUCGAUUAUGAACAACAUGUAGAUAUAGAAAAAAACGAUAAAAUCAGUUGAAUUGAUAAUGGAACUAAUGAAAAUUUAUCAGAUAUCCCUCAUCCCAGCAGCAAAAAUCCAGUAGAAAAUGGAUUUGCUAUAUUAAGAAGCUGCUUAAAAGGAGCCCCACAAACAGAAUACCGUGAAGAAAUCAGAAUUGCUAGAAGAGAGCAGCCUAUGCAGAGAUCAAGAGGGGAUAAUAUGAAUAUCAGCCCAAUAAAAAGCAAUGAUAGGGUUAAAUCCAUUGUAGGGGCAAGCCAUGACGAUCUGCAAAAGCUUGCUGAUGCUUUGCAUAAUGAUUUAAUGAAAAAUAAUGAAAAUAUUGACAGGGCGAUAAAAAUAACGGAAAAAAGAGGUGGGUUAAAUGAGAAAAACAAAAGAAAGGUAAGUCCUGCUAAAAUUGGGUUGAAAAAAAUACCAUUGAGCUAUGUAGGGAAUCGGCCAAGUUUGAAAGGAAAUGAAGACAGUAAUAAGAAGAAAUCAAGGCCUAAUACAGCACCUAAUAUGAGACCUCCAUCACCUGAAGUGGCUAAUGGGAAAGUCAGAGGCUCACCUGCAAAUAAGACAACUGGGACUUUUAAAAAGCAAAAAAUUAUGAGGGUAUAA